AGAGGCAGCGGGCAGGGUUGGCCUUGUGUGAUGGCCUCGCUGUUCAUCCCACAUGUUCUGACACCCGUUCUGGACGCUAGGCUUGGCAGCUUUGGUGACUUAACAGGCCAAAAUCCAGGAGCACUUGAACUGAGGGCCCAGCAUUGCACCUGCCCAGUUGGACUCAGUGCCUCCCUUAAGCACCCAUCCUAUGCGGUAGAAGGAAGCAGCAGGCCCAAGUGCAGACAUCCCAGUGAUGCACCAUGCCGAUAGUCGAUAAGUUGAAGGAAGCCCUGAAACCUGGCCGCAAGGAAUCUGCCGAUGAUGGAGAGCUGGGGAAGCUUCUGGCCUCCUCUGCCAAGAAGGUCCUUUUACAGAAGAUUGAGUUUGAGCCAGCCAGCAAGAGUUUCUCCUACCAGCUGGAGUCCUUAAAGAGCAAAUAUGUGUUGCUGAACCCCAAAACAGAGGGAGCCAGUCGCUACAAGAAUGGAGAUGAAGCACAGGCCAGGAGACAGGGCAGCGAGCAUGCCUACGAGAGCUGCAGUGACGGUGUCCCAGCCCCACAGAAAGUGCUGUUCCCCACUGAGCGACUGUCUCUGAGGUGGGAGCGCGUGUUCCGUGUCGGCGCAGGCCUCCACAACCUGGGCAACACCUGCUUCCUGAACUCCACCAUCCAGUGCUUGACCUACACGCCGCCUCUGGCCAACUACUUGCUGUCCAAGGAGCACGCUCGCAGCUGUCACCAGGGGAGCUUCUGCAUGUUGUGCAUCAUGCAGAACCACAUCGUCCAGGCCUUUGCCAACAGUGGCAAUUCCAUCAAGCCCGUCUCCUUCAUUCGAGACCUGAAAAAGAUUGCCCGGCAUUUCCGCUUUGGGAACCAGGAGGACGCGCACGAGUUUCUCCGGUACACCAUUGAUGCCAUGCAGAAGGCCUGCCUGAACGGCUAUGCCAAGUUGGAUCGUCAAACACAGGCUACUACGUUGGUCCAUCAGAUUUUUGGAGGGUAUCUCAGAUCGCGUGUGAAGUGCUCGGUGUGCAAGAGCGUCUCGGACACCUAUGACCCCUACCUGGACAUUGCGCUGGAGAUUCGGCAAGCUGUAAAUAUUGUGCGUGCUCUGGAACUUUUCGUGAAGCCAGAUGUCCUGACUGGGGAGAAUGCCUACAUGUGUGCUAAGUGCAAGAAGAAGGUUCCAGCCAGCAAGCGCUUCACCAUUCACAGAACAUCCAAUGUCUUAACCCUCUCCCUCAAGCGCUUUGCCAAUGUCAGUGGGGGGAAGAUCACCAAGGAUGUAGGCUAUCCAGAAUUCCUGAAUAUCCGUCCAUAUAUGUCCCAGAGUAACGGCGACCCUGUCAUGUACGGGCUCUAUGCUGUCCUGGUCCACUCAGGCUACAGCUGCCAUGCUGGGCACUAUUACUGCUACGUGAAGGCAAGCAACGGACAGUGGUACCAGAUGAAUGACUCCUUGGUCCACUCCAGCAAUGUCAAGGUGGUUCUGAACCAGCAGGCAUAUGUGCUGUUCUACCUGCGAAUUCCAGGCUCUAAGAAAAGCCCAGAGGGCUCCCUUUCCAGAACAGUCUCCUCCCUUCCCAAGCACCCAAGUGCAGCCCCAGAUCACGUGAAGAAGCACGUGGGCAAUGGGAUUUCUUACUGCCCCCCGGCUGGAAAGCGACAAGACUCUGUGGCCAUGAGAAAGCUGCAGACAACUGAGGAGAUUGGCGUGCCCAUUUCCAGGAAUGGCUCCAUGCCAGGCCUGAAGUCCCAGAACGGAUAUGUUCCUCCGAAGCCACCCUUGGGGUCCCCUUCCCACAAACUCUUCCUGACUCCCUCACACAUGCCAACCGUCCUCGAUGAGCCCGGGCAGAAGGCGAAGAAAGCGGCCCCCCCACAGCUCUUCUCCCCAUCGCUCACGACUCCUCAGGGGUCACCUGGUACCAGCCACUCGAGUAGCAGCAAAUCCAGGAGCCGAAGGCAGGGUUCCUGGGACAGCAGGGACGCAGUCCCACCUACCUCACCUGAGCUCCUGGCUGAAGCCACUGCCAAUGGGCAUGGGCCGAAGGGGAGCGGUGAGCGCUCGGACCUAGGGAGGAGGGGCUCCGGCAGCUCCAGCAUGGAGCGCUCUGCCAGCAGUGACUCCGUCAAAGCCCCCCAGGCCCCCAAGAGUGGAGCUGCCCGUUUCUGUGAAUCUCAGGAAACAAACUGUCCCCCCACGGGUCACUCCAAAGCGCUGCCAACUGAAACAGAUUCUAAGAGUGUGAAGCUGAAGUCCCCUGUGCUGGGGAACGCUGCCACAGAGCCUGCAAACAUCAUGUCUCCUCCACCAGCCAAAAAACUGGCCCUUUCAGUCAAGAAGGCCAGCACCCUGCGGAGGGCGACCGGCAAUGACCUCCGUUCACCUCCCCCCUCACCAUUCUCCGGCCUCACCUCCCCCACGAAAACCACUCACCCUGCCGUCGCCGCCGUGUGGCCUGUCCAUCAAGCCAGCUGUCCUCACAGGGCUGUGUCACCCGCUCCCAGACCAUCCAGCCGACCGAAGCCUCCCCUCAGCCCCCACUCCACGUCACUGGCCAGUAGUACCCAGCCCCCAGCGAUGUCCCAACUAUGGAGCUGCCCCUCCGCCUCGACUGCCCUGCCUCAGGUCAAUGGGGACUGCUUGUCCCCUUCACACCAGCCACCGCAGGCCAGCGAGGCCCCUCCCAGCCUUUGUAAGAAGAGGAAGAAGACCCGCGUGGGAGCGCUCCCAAGGCUGGGCUCAGAGAUGCACCUCUCAGGGCACCCUGUGGGUGCAGCUGCCACGCCUGGCAGGAGGAGGAAGAGGAGCAAGAGGCCGCGCCCAGAGGAAGCUGUCCCACAGGAGGGGCCCAUGCAGAGGCAGCUUGGGGGCCCUGAAAGCAGGACGAAGGGCCCAGCAGAGCUGCCAGCUGGCAGCCAGGUGGAGGAGGGCAGACGCCCGCAGGUGGCCGGCCACCCCGUGAGCAGCAGGAAGCGGAGGAGGAAGGGAGCAGAGGUGCCCGGCGGGGAAGACAGCCUCCACCAGUAUGCAGCUGGGCGCAGCUGCUCUCCUAGGCACAGUGGCGAGCCAGAGACCACGGCAGAACCUCCAAGGAAGAAGAAAAGGAGAAGAAGAAAGCAGGAGUCACAGCAGGCAGGAGGAGAGGAGCGUCCACAGGGCCAGAGGAGUGCCAGGCCCAGCCAUGCUGCUGUCCCCGAGUCGAGAGGCCACUCGCCAUCUGUGAACGGCCAGCUUCCUGGGGCCUGCACGGGGCUGGGACGGGCUCCUCUUGAAUCCUCGAACAGAGAGCAAGAAUCCGAUGUAGUCCAGGAAUUGCUCAAGUAUUCAUCCGAUAAAGCUUAUGGGAGGAAAGUUCUGACCUGGGAUGGCAAGAUAUCAGCAGUCAGUCAAGAUGCCAUUGAAGACAGCAGACUGGCUCGGACUGAGACUGUGGUUGAUGAGUGGGAUGAAGAGUUUGAUCGAGGGAAGGAAAAGAAAAUGAAAAAAUUCAAGAGGGAGAAGAGAAACUUCAAUGCCUUCCAGAAACUUCAGAGUAGAUGGAACUUUUGGUCUGUGACUCAUCCAGCUAAGGCUGCCAGCCUCCGCUACCGCCGGCUGAUCCUGCUGCCGACGAACUAGCCUCUGGAGACAAGGCGUCCCUUCCUGGGUCUGCGGGAUCUGUCCAAUCUGAGGGAGCAGCCUCGUGUGGCCUCUGCUGCCUGUCAUCCCCCAGGCCACUGCACUGUGAACCUGCCACGGUGGGAGCUCUCCUGGCACCAGUGUCCACAGACAACCUGACCAAAGGCUUUGGGCCUUCCACAGAUCAGGAGCUCGCUGUUGACAUUCACAACAAGCCCCACAGGAGCAGCCACAGCAUGUACGUGUCAAGCAGAGAUGGUAGCACAGCCGUGGGAUGUCUGGAAUGGGCUGAGUGUCCUCGUCUCAUGGAUGGUGGUGCCUGUGCAGGCACAGGCAUCUGCCCCUGGUCUGGGCUGUCAGAGAGAGUUGGGGGGGUUGGCGGCCACGCACCUCCCGGUGUCCCCACGUUCUCAGGACGACAGGUGUGUGCAGGUUGCUCGCCAUGGCAUGCCUUGCUCCCGGCAGCCAGCACUGCCAUCUGCUCGGUGGGGUUGCUGUGUCUGUGCCUUGCUGUCCGUUCUCAGACAGAGCCCCCAGGCUGGCCCCACACGGCCACUUCUCCCCUUCCCGACACUCUGGACUGUCUCUGGAGAGCGUGAGGCUGUGGGGUGGGACCCUUGCUGUCCCCGCUGACACAUCACCUCUGAGGCAACUCUCCUGCAGCUUCCUGCAGUGCGAUAACCCACGGGUCUUUAUUGAAGUGGUGGUCUCAGGUGGAAUUCUCCAUUUAUUUUACUACUUAAUCUAAAAUGUUUAUUUUUGGCCAGGCCUGUGGCUUCCAUUAGCAAUAUGUUUCCUUACUUAAUAUGCAAAUACUAGCUUUGUUCGCUCAAUUUUAUGAGUGUUUUUGAAUUUAGAUGAUUGUACAACUCUGGAGAUGACUUUUUUAUCUUGCUCAAGCUGUGCCUGCAAACUUGUAAUUUAAUAAAUAUGGGAAAUCCUCAGCUGAGGUGAUAUUUUCCAGAAAAAAGACAGGUGUUGCAGUAGUAGAAGGUAUAGAAGCAAACCUGGAGCUUACACCUCAUGGUGUGCAUCUGCACGUCCUUCCUGUUGGAAGCGCCACCGGUGGAGCUGGACUAGGUGUGGGACAUGGGCCAUCCCUUGUCUGUGCCGUGCUCCUCGGGGCUUUGCUCUCUGCCCUGCCUCCCCCGUUCGGACCCAGGUGGAUACUGGUUUACAGAAAGAAGAGCAGCUUUUUUUUUUGAAUGGGGAGAUUCAUUCAUUUUUUCAUGUGGGUGAUUCUUUUUGGUUUUUCUUCUUGUUUUUUUUUUUUUUAAUUUGAAACGCUAUGUCCUGAGCUCGUCGGCUGCUUCUAGUCCCAGCAGAAGGUAGACAGAGGUUUGUGAGAGCAGGUCCAGGGAGCUCUGCUCUUUCUUUAGAGGACUGACUUCUGAAAGUUGAAAGAUGCAGCCCGGCUUCCGUGUCAUUGGCUCUGUGAUUUAGCAGCCUGGGCAGGAAGGCAGGUGCCUUGGUGGGUGGCAGAGUUUUCUCUCCCUCCCGAGGUGUUGACAUUCAUUCCUGUAUGAGCUGUUCCCUGCUGUGUUUUUUCGUGAUGUUCUGUGGUUGAAGAUUUUGGUUGUCUGCUAGCACAGAAUUGAUCUCCUUACUUUCUCUUCCUCCUCUCCUCCAGAUCAUUCUCUUCCUGUCUCCACUAGACAUUGUAAAGCCUUUUCCUGAGGAUAAUAUGUCCGUUAUCUCUUGGGUGGUGGUGAGCAUUCGCCCAACUUUCUAAGCACUUAUCACUGUUAGUGUCAAGGCCUUUCCUUCCACAAAACACCAUCAGCCAGAUGAGGUGGGAACAGAGAAAGCCCAGAAAACCAGUCCAAAUUCCAGGUGAUGUGCACAUAUGUAAAUAUAUAUAUAAGAAAUCAGAGCUUUUAUAUAGCAGCCACUUGGUUGACUUAGAAUCCAGGCUCGAUUUAACUUUGCACCCGGGCGUGGAGGUGGAGGUGGGGGAGGGGAGGGUGACUUCCUCUUGCCCCAUGUCCCGCAUCGUCCCACUCACUGCCCGUGGCUGUGAGCUGCUCUCACAGCCCCGUAUGCUGGUUGCACAGGUCUGUGUCCACCCUGCUCCGCACCUCUCCAGGAGCCUGGGGAGCUGCACAUGUUGCCAAGAUCUUGGUGCAAUAAAAUGUUGUGUUUUUGUGA